AUGAUUCUAGACUCUGAAAAACGUCUAUAUUAUUGUAAUUUUGAUAAUUGGAAUGACCAAUGUUUUACGUCAAUGAUUUCAACUCAAACCGGUCAAGUGACUUUAGGCAACAAUCCACCGAUUCUCCCAUCAUCAGAUGUUACAUCGAUCACCACCAACACGAAUAGUGAUGAAUUAUGUCAACUGCCCUAUAGAACUGCACUGGAUUCAACAUUUGAUAUGUAUUUUUGUCAUAGAAUUGGACCAAGACCAUUUUAUUGUCCAACUCAGAGUGGAAAAAAUGGAACAUGUAAUUUGGGUCGUUUUGCCUAUGUUCCAAUGAGUGUAACUCAAGAUAUUACAUCCUAUGAGUUAGCUGUACAAUAUGGAAUUAUCGGUAUUCAACGUCUUUCAUACUACUAUUAUUUUACAAAUCCUGAAAGUGAUGCCAGUAUAACUGUGCAGUUGGAAACCAAGGGAGGAAAUAGAUCAAUUAUUGACAUUGUGACCAGCCAUCAGCAGUUCUAUAACGGGUGGAUUAGACAUGAACAAACAUUUACUUCAGCAGUACCAGCAUACAAAUUAUUUUACAUUCACAUAAUUCAAUAUUUAGAUCUUGAAAUAUCGACAACAGAAACAACGCCGACCAUGGCAACAGAAACAACGUCUACCUUAACAAUAGAAACAACACCGACCUUGACAACAGAAACAACAUCGACAUUGAUAACAGAAACAACGCCCACCUUAACAAUAGAAACAACGCCCAUCGUAACAACAGAAACAACGUCAACAUUGAUAAC